AUCACACUAAGUCUACUGUUUACAAUCGCUCAUCAUGUCGGCUACAACCGCCCAUUCGUUCAACAAGAUUCUCAGUAAACCCAAGUACUCGUCCAAAUCAAGAUCUUCAGGCGUAGAAAAUGACGAUGACUCCAAUUUGAAGAAAUUAAGGCGGAUGAUCCUCGUGGAAGGAAUUCCUUCAAGUGUUGAUCCUACCCUACGACCUCGUAUAUGGAAAAUUCUCCUCCGAGUGAACGACAUUUCUGCCAGUUCUUACCUUCAAUAUGUAUCUCGGGGCCCUUGUGAAGUUCGAGAGAAAAUUCGGAAUGAUACCUUUAGAACUCUGGCGACAGACCGGGGGUUUAAGGAACGAGUGCGCGAGGACAUGCUUGUCCGUUUGUUAGACGCCUUCGUAUGGCGAAAUCAUGAUACACAAGAUACUGAUCAGCUUGGGUUCACCUACGUUCAGGGAAUGAAUGUUUUAGCAGCCCCCUUUCUGUAUACCAUGCCUUCCGAGCUUGAAGCUUUUUCAUGUUUUUCCAAAUUCAUCGAAGAAUCUUGCCCCCUUUAUGUCCAGCCUACAUUAGAAGGUGUUCACCGUGGUCUAAGGCUGUUGGAUAAAUGCCUGAAGAUUGUGGACCCAGAACUUUAUGCACAUUUACGAUCCAAAAACCUAUCAGCAGAAAUAUAUGCAUUUCCUUCCAUUCUGACUUUAUGUGCAUGUACACCACCCCUUGAUCAGGUUCUACAACUAUGGGACUUCUUACUUGCCUUCGGUGUUCACCUCAACGUACUGUGUGUUAUCGCACAACUGCUGCUGAUACGAGAUGAAGUAAUGAGUUCCUCGAGCCCUAUGCGUCUUCUUCGCACAUUUCCCCCACUUGAAGCAUUGCCUGUCAUUGGAAUCGCAGUAACUCUCGUUCGAGAUCUGCCUCCAGAGUUGUACGACGAACUCGUCAAGCAUCCAUAUUUGUUGUGAUAAAUAUCUAUCUAUGUAGCCAUAUAUCACUGUAAAAUAGUGCGUCUGUAUGUUGUCCCACAAAUAAUUCUAUGUAGUCGGGAGGUGUGCAUUGAACACGCCGC